AUGGGUAUAGAGACAAAGAAAAAAGUGAUAAUGAGUCAGACGUUGGUGACAAAGAAUAUGGGUAUAGAGACAAAGAAGAAAAGACAAAGAAAACGUAAUAAUGAGUCAGACGUAGGUGACAAAGAAUAUGGGUAUAGAGACAAAGAAAAAAGUGAUAAUGAGUCAGAUGUAGGUGACAAAGAAUAUAGGUAUAGAGACAAAGAAAAAAGUGAUAAUGAAUCAGACAUAAGUGACAAAGAAUAUGGGUAUAGAGACAAAGAAAAAAGUGAUAAUGAGUCAGGCGUAGGUGACAAAGAAUAUGGGUAUAGAGACAAAGAAGAAAGUGAUAGUGAGUCCGACGUUGUUGACAAAGAAUAUGGGUAUAGAGACAAAGAAGAAAGUGAUAAUGAGUCCGACGUUGGUGACAAAGAAUAUGGGUAUAGAGACAAAGAUAAAAGUGAUAACGAGGCAGACGUUGGUGACAAAGAAUAUAGGUAUAGAGACAAAGAAAAAAAAAGUGAUAACGAGUCAGACGUAGGUGACAAAGAAUAUGGAUAUAGAGACAAAGAAAAAAGUGAUAACGAGUCAGACGUAGGUGGCAAAGAAUAUGGGUAUAGAGACAAAGAAAAAAGGUGA